AGUUCUAUCUUGUUGCUAUAUUCAAAAUUGUUCUUUUCAACUUCGACGUUUCGAUCGAGGUGCAUAGAACACGCGAACAUAGGCAUAAAUUUGCCAAGUUCGCUUGCUACAACAGCUAUGUCUCGAAAUAAACAACAUGAAGAGACAGACAAACUUACGCGUAUUGCCAUCGUAAACGCGGAUCGUUGUAAACCGAAGAGAUGCAGGCAAGAAUGCAAGAAAAGUUGCCCAGUGGUCCGUAUGGGAAAGCUUUGUAUCGAAGUCACUCCCAAUGAUAAGAUCGCCACUAUUUCCGAAGAGUUGUGCAUUGGGUGUGGUAUUUGUGUCAAGAAAUGUCCAUUUGAUGCCAUCACUAUUAUUAAUAUACCCUCGAACUUGGAAAAGCAUACCACUCAUCGCUACUCCAAAAACUCAUUUAAACUUCAUCGACUUCCAAUUCCACGCCCCGGUGAAGUGCUAGGAUUGGUCGGGCAAAACGGUAUCGGCAAAUCAACAGCCCUGAAGAUCCUUGCUGGAAAACAGAAACCUAAUCUGGGCCGCUAUGCUGAUCCCCCAGACUGGCAAGAAAUUCUAUCUCACUUCCGAGGUUCUGAACUACAAAAUUAUUUUACUAAGAUUUUGGAAGAUGAUUUAAAAGCGCUCAUUAAACCACAGUAUGUGGAUCAAAUCCCUAAGGCUGUGAAAGGAACAGUUGGACAACUUCUAGAUAAAAAGGAUGAAAUGAAAAACCAGCCUGAAAUAUGUCAAAUGCUUGACCUAUCUCACAUCCGGGACCGUGAGAUUGCUGCAUUAUCUGGUGGGGAACUGCAACGAUUUGCAUGUGCUAUGGUCUGUAUCCAGAAUGCAGACAUCUUUAUGUUUGAUGAGCCAUCAUCCUACUUAGAUGUCAAGCAGCGUCUUAAUGCUGCUCGGACAAUACGCUCCUUGAUACACCCUGACAAGUUCAUCAUAGUUGUAGAACACGACUUGUCAGUGCUGGACUAUUUGUCUGACUUCAUUUGCUGCCUGUAUGGUGUACCUGGUGCUUAUGGGGUUGUGACGAUGCCUUUCUCUGUGAGAGAAGGUAUCAAUAUAUUCCUUGAUGGUUUUGUACCUACUGAAAACAUGAGAUUUAGGACAGAAUCUCUAGUUUUCAAAGUUGCAGAAUCUGCUACUGAAGAAGAGAUAAAAAGAAUGAAUCAUUAUGAAUAUCCUGAAAUGACCAAGAAAAUGGGUGACUUCAGUCUUCGGGUGAUGCCUGGUGAAUUCUCAGAUUCUGAGAUUUUGGUUCUACUUGGUGAAAAUGGCACUGGUAAAACUACAUUCAUCAGAAUGUUAGCAGGAAAUUUGGAACCUGAUGAAGGUUCAGGUCAGUUGCCACAACUGCACAUUAGUUAUAAGCCACAGAAGAUAUCACCCAAAUCACAGGGUCUAGUCAGAAGCUUGCUGCAUGACAAAAUUAGAGAUGCAUAUGUGCACCCGCAGUUCAUAACAGAUGUAAUGAAGCCAAUGAAAAUAGAAGAAAUAAUGGAUCAGGAAGUCCAGAACCUAUCUGGUGGUGAAUUGCAAAGGGUAGCCUUGGUGCUAUGCCUUGGCAAGCCGGCUGAUGUGUAUCUUGUUGAUGAGCCAUCUGCCUACUUAGAUUCUGAGCAGCGUUUAGUUGCUGCAAAGGUUAUUAAACGGUUCAUAUUGCACGCUAAACGUACGGGCUUCGUAGUCGAGCAUGAUUUUAUAAUGGCCACUUAUUUGGCGGACCGUGUCAUAGUCUUCGAGGGAACGCCAUCAAGUCACGCGACAGCACACGCGCCGCAGUCGCUGCUGAACGGCAUGAACAGAUUCCUUGAGCUGCUCGGAAUCACCUUCCGUAGAGAUCCAAACAAUUUCAGGCCUAGAAUCAACAAACAUUCUUCUGUAAAAGACAUAGAGCAAAAACGGGCAGGUCAAUAUUUCUUCCUGGAAGAUUAAAAAGAGAAAAUAUACCAAUAUCUAUUUAUAUAUGUGUAUAUGGAAGCUGUGUAUCUGUCACAAUGAUGGUAGCCUGCCAUCCAAUGUAUUUCCAAUAAUUGUAUUGCUGUAAUAAAUCAUUUUUUAUAAA